AUGGGGGGUGGGGUUUACCCCGAAAUUUUAGCGACACAGAUUUUAGGCAAUGUUCUCAUUGCUGCUAUUGUUUUAUCAAAUGUACCAUACUUUUAUAAAAUAGAAAUGACCCGUGAUGUUGGGGAGUUUAAUAUCUAUCCUUUUGUUUUCAUGAUUGGUCAAGCUUUGAUGUGGGUUGCUUAUGGUACAAUUAGUAAUAUUCAAGGUCUAGUACCAGUAAAUGCAUUUGGUUUAAUUUUCAACCUUGCUUUUAUUCUUAUAUAUAUUAGUGCUUCAAGAGAUACAAAAAAAAAAAGAAUAGUAAUGUCUAGUUUUGUUAUUUAUAUUGCAAUAUUAGUAUCUUUUGUUUUAAUUAUAUUUUUCCAAGCACCCAAAGAGAAAAUUCAACCAAUUCUUGGUUGGUUAACCUGUAUUUUGUUAGUAGCAUUUUAUUGUUCACCAAUUUUAAACUUUUAUUCAAUGUAUAAACAAAGAACUACAGGAUCAUUAUCAAUUCCAUUAUCCAUUACAUCCAUUUUAUCUGGUGCAGCAUUUGGUUUGUACGGAUACUUUUUAGAAGAUAACUUUGUAUUAGUUUCCAAUUUUUCAGGUUGUGGAUCAGGUAUCAUUCAGAUAAUUUGGUAUUUUAUUAUGAAGAUUAUUAUUAAACAUUCCCCACCCCCACCAAAAAAAGAUGAUGAUAAUGGAAUGUCCAUUUCAUACGAAAUGGAAGAAAAUUUAAAAAAUAAAAAGAAAAAUAAAAAUAAAAGCGUCAACAAUAAUAAUGACAAAAAUAACGAUAACGACAAUGACAAUGGCCCAAAUGAUAAUAUAGACAGUCCUGAUGAUAAUAAUGAUAUAAUAUCAGAAACCAAAACAAGAGAAGAAUAAAAUAAUAAUAUAAAAUUAUACUACAUAUUGUAUAGAAAAAAAAAAGAAAUAAAAACUAUUUAUUUAACCU